AGGCUCGGAUGAGGAAGUACAGCUCCGUGGAUACGCGCGUUACAUAAGACAGCAACUGAAAAGUAUACCCCGGAGUGCCAGCAGCCAUGAAGCUACGACUCCACUUCGUGGUGGACCCCAUGGGCUGGCUGUGUAUCAGCGUGGUGUUCGGGAUCUGGCUCUACAACACUUUCUUUAUUCCCAAACUGGUUCUCCUUCCACACUACAACGAGGGACACAUCCCCUGGGCCAUAGUUGUCUGUUAUUACACAGCAUCAGCACUCUGCCUAGCAGCCCUGUUCAGAGCCUCCACGGCUGAUCCGGGCCGUCUUCCCGUGGACCCCCACAUACCUCACUCUGAGCGAGAGCACUGGGAGUUGUGCAAUAAGUGCAACUUGAUGAGACCCAAAAGAUCCCAUCACUGCAGUCGCUGUGGCCACUGUGUACGCAGGAUGGACCACCACUGCCCCUGGAUCAAUAACUGUGUGGGAGAAGACAACCACUGGCUCUUCCUGCAGCUCUGCUUCUACACUCAGGUUCUCAGUCUGUUCACCCUGGUGCUGGACUUCUGCCAGUACUAUUACUUCCAGCCCCUGACGGGACUAGACCAGGAGAAGUUUACGACGCGCCAUGAACUGGCUCUGCUGCGGGGCUCGACGCUCAUGGGUCUGGUCAUGUUUGGGGGCAUGACCAGCAUGUUCUACAGUCAGAUGGCAGGCAUCCUCUCCGAUACCACCACCCUUGAGAAAAUGGCUCUCUUCUCAAAGGAAAUAUAUGGCUCAAAGAAAUCCUGGCAGUGGGCGCUAGCUGAAGUUUGCGGCACCCGCUGGAAACUGCUGUGGCUCGUCCCGCUCCGAAACAGACAGGCGCUCCACGCCGGCCACCACCUCCGCACCCACGUGUAGGCCGGCGACGCCACGGUUCCUCCCGCCUGCACAGAUGUUCCAGAUGAAACACUGUACGCACACUUCAGAAUCCAUCUGUUCGCCUUCCCCGUCCUCGUUUGUGUGCUUCGGGUGCGAGGCAGCGGUCUCUACAAGGGAGUGACGGGGAAAUGUUGCUUUUUUUUACUCACUGUGACUGCUGUUUUUAGCAUUUGGAUACUUUAAAUGGCUAAUUGCAUCAGAAGGAUGGCACCUGAACGCAGCUGGCGAAAGGGACCCCUCUCAGGUUACUUUAACAAAGAGCCUUCCUGCUGCCCUUUAAUCCGCUACAGACAGGAGCCGUGUGGCUAGUAGACAGGCAGGUUUUUACGUGUAAAGUUCGUGCCUUGUUUCUUUAAACUAUGUUGACCUUUUUAUUGUUUUUUUAAAGCAUGAGCUGUGUUUCUGUUUGGAUAUUUUAUGGUUCCAGUUUGGAAAUGGCUUGUGAACGGUGGAGGAAUCUGCAUUGCUUUACUUGGGGAUCACUUGAUGAUUCAUUCAUGUUUUUUAUUGCAUUCUUUUAUGAAGGUUUUUAUCUAUGAUGAGAUGUUUUUAUGAAGCAUGGCCAAAGAACAAAGGUCAUAACUUGAAGGCUGAUAUGUGACACUAUUAUGACACAAAAUGACAGUUAGUCCUUGACCAUGCCAUGGUAAAAAAUCUCAAAUUAGAACCAAGUUUCUGCUAUCAAUCCUAGGCUGGAUAUGUUCUAAUCAAAUGUGCUGUAUAAUCAGCUGGUUUCUGGGAGUAUAUCAUAUAGUCCGCAGCCAAUUCAUAUCACAACCUGAUCAUAAUCUGUUGUGAAAUCCUUGUUAAUGGGGUUAGAGUGCCACACGCUAUCCUCAAAGAAAACGCUGUUUAUCUAAAAAAGAAUGGUUGGACAUUUUGUGAAAUACACUUUUUUGCUUUCUUGCGCAGUGUAAGAUGAGAAAAUAUAUAUUUGUAUAUUUUCUCAUGCCAAGAGGUGUAAAUGAUCUUCUUAUCUAACCCGUGGCAAGAAAGCAAAUACAUGUAAUUUACAAAAUAUCGAUUUGCUGUCAUAGUUAGGUCUUAAACUUGUGGCUUUAUAAAUGCACAUAUUUAUAAGUAAUACAAAAACUAGCAGAUUAGUCUACAUGUGGUGACAUGAGUUAUUUAUGGUGUUUUUUUUUAACACUAUGGUACUGUUAAGACAUUUGUUUGAAAUUUGUUUACCAGGAGAAGGAAGAUAAAACAGUGCAUACUAAUACUGGUGUAGCGUGGUUGUUUUUGCAUAUAAUACGUUGCAAUCCCAUAGCUGAACCUGUACAAAAACAAAGCUCGCCAUGUGGUAAAUAUAUAACAAUAUCUAAGUAGUUUUAAGUGCCUUUCUAGGUCUUUUUACUUUCAAAGUACAUAACACUCAUGUUGGUCUCCAUAAAAGCCAAAGACCUGGGGAAAUGUUGCAAUAGUGUUUUAGUAAACGCAUGUUUUACCACAUUUCUGAAUUCAAUAUUAUGCACUGAUUUACACACUGUCACUCUGUUUCACUGCAUCAAUGGCACUCUUAAAAGAAAGUCUCCACUUAAAGUUAUUGUAUUUUACGUGUAUCUUCUGUUUUAAUCAUAUCUUAAAUCAGUUUGUAUUCGCAUGGUGUGUGUUGAUCACUUUGCUCAGUGGUUUUUAUAACUCCGAUUCAGGUUCUUGGAUGUUUGUGUGAGUUAUUAGUUUUGAUUUCUGUUUGUUUGGUGGUGGGAAAAUGGGCUGGGCGAAUUUAUGUGAUUGACAAAUAAGGGCGUGCUGAUAGUUUACAUUCUGUUUAUGUUUUUAAAGCAAUAAGCCAUCUGUAUUGUUACAACAGUACUGACAAAUCUGAUAUGUAUUGUAUCUGUAAGUAUGUAAAUUAGGUUGAUGAGUUUCACUUAUUUCUCACUGACCAGUCACUACCCAACUGACCCAUGUGUCAGUACUUCAGCCUCGAUUACCACUACUGUAGCUGCUGUGUUUUACAGUAUAUCUUUAUUUACCAACUUGUCAGCCUCUACGCCUCAUGUUGUUAGGAGUAGAUUAACAGACAGCGACUCCCAGCUGCUCUCUGGCGUCCCCCAGGGCUCUUAGUUUGGACCCGGGCAGUUUGCUUCACAUUGUUCAUUUGCUGUUUUUGGAAUGUGUUUUGAAGCAUUUUUUUUUUUUUUUACUCAUACCUCAAACACUGGAGCAGUUAAGUUUUGUAAAAUAAAUAAUGACACCACAAA